AUGGAUCUCGAAUUUCAUCCGGGCUAUAUGGAUUUGCGUUAUUUACAGAAGACUGAAGUUGAUAAACAACCGAGAAAACAGUCCAAAUCGUCUUUUGAAGGAAUGCCAAAACUAUUUUUACUAAAAUGUAUGCUCUACGGGUUUUGCUGUGGCUCGACGAUUACUAUGUUUCAGAUCGGUGCUUUUAUAAACCCCUCACUUAUGGUGCUGUUUAACAAGACUAGCUACGAGUUGUUUGGGAUUGACGAUGGAGGUAUCAUGAUGCUCUCGGUUUCAAGCUGGACAAAUUUUGUGGGUAUGGGAGUGUCGAUUAUUGCCGUAUUGCCGCUGAUGGAUUAUCUUGGAAGAAGACCUGUUUGUGUCUACGUCAAGUUUGUAUUGGCUUCUACCGGAACAGCGCUCUAUUUCCUGGCCUGGUGGCUGCAAAACGGGUUGUUUUACCUGCUUGGUGUGACGUUCUUUGCCCUGCCGUUUUGCAUAGUCGGGCUUGGAGAUGUGAUUUAUUUGUGUGAAAUGGCGCCACCGAAGCAUAAAGGAAUUUUCGCAAUGCUCUCCCUAUCUUCGCUCGGCUUUUUCAAUCAGAUCAUCAUGCUACUAGCCAGGGAAGAUGUUUGGGGUACCCCAGAAAAAUGGAUUUACAUCGCUCUACUGGCUCAGGCAUGUGUUAAUCUUCUGAUCCCAAUCCUCGGAUAUAACCUUCCAGACGAGGCGCCCCGCUUGAAAAUGGAAAUGUCGUGUUCAAUGUUUUACGCGCAGCACUUCGCAAAGGGUGUAAAAGUUUUCCAAGCUAGGAACGGCUUGAUUUGGAAAUUGAUGUUAGUAGUCUGCGUGGACGCGUUCAUCAUGAUGAACAUCAGCGCGGUCGAACAGGAUUUUCAGAUGCCUGUGUACGGCCAGGAGGGGCUUGACGUAAAUAGGAUUUUGACAGCUUCCAUUGCCAUAUCCAUCAUAAUGAUCCCAUUUCGUUACCUUAACAUGUUCCUGGUCCGACUCCUUGAAUGUACCGGAGUACAAAUGUUGAGUUGGGUGAUUGCCACGGAUAUUUUUCCGGCAGAAUAUUUGAUAAUUGCCACGCAGCUCUGCUACCUCAACACCUCCAUCCUGAUCGCCAUCUCUUCAUCAAUCGUUCCACUAACAUUCAACGGCCUUCUACACUAUUAUUUUGUCAUUGUCACCGGCUUUUCAACCGCUGUGGCUGUUUCUAUCAGCAAACUUUGGAGGAGAAUUCGAGAAUUCGAGGAUUCCGAGAGGCAACGAUUGCUUGUGAAAAAGAUCAACCAUCCAGCGUACACAAACAGUGAUCUCUUCUUG